UUCCAUGUUGGUCCGCAAACAAUUACAGUCGAGUUCUCAAUAACUCUAUUUUCAGUUCAUUUUUCUUUCAUAUUUAUCACUAUUAACUGUGGUUUGUAUUUCACGUGCCUUAUAACUGUAAUGCAGAUUUUAGUAUGGAUACGAUAACACGCUCUGCUUAGUGUGUGGAGGGCCGACGAGGUCUUUUGCGUUUCGUUUUUUUUUUUUCCAGCCAAGUCGAGUUUUGUCCCCUCCGGCUGCCCGUACCAGUUCUGUAUCGUAUGUGUGUGUCUGUCUCGGACUAAGUCGGAAGAUGGCGGAAGCUCCCACAAGACCCGGUCGGUUUUUCUGUCACCGCUGCUCGGCGGAGAUCAGCCCGCAUCUCCCGGAUUACACCUGCCCGAGGUGUGAGUCUGGGUUUAUCGAAGAACUACCUGAAGAGAGAAGCGCUGAAAAUGGUUCCACCUCUUCAGCCUCUACCAGUGAUCAAAACCGGCACCAGUUUGAGACCCUGGACCAGCACAUGUUCACCUUUCCCCCCGGCUACGGGCAGUUUGCGUUGGGGAUUUUUGACGAGAACUUUGAGUUCAGCGCAGGGCCACCCUCGGAAGACAACAGGGAGACAGAGAAUCGCAGGGAGAGGGAGCUGGCGUCAAGGCAGCGCUAUGGUGCCAGGCAACCCAGGGCGCGGCACAUGGCAAGACGGCAGACAGGGAGGCACGAGGGGGUUCCCACGCUAGAAGGAAUUAUCCAGCAGUUAGUGAAUGGAAUUAUAGCACCUACAGCCAUUCCAAACAUAGGACUGGGUCCCUGGGGUAUGUUGCACUCAAACCCAAUGGACUAUGCAUGGGGGGCGAACGGACUUGAUGCAAUUAUAACACAGUUAUUAAAUCAGUUUGAAAACACCGGCCCCCCUCCGGCAGACAGAGAUAAAAUUAAGAGCCUCCCCACAGUGCAGGUUACAGAAGAACACGUAGGUUCAGGUCUAGAAUGUCCCGUCUGUAAAGAAGAUUACACCGUAGGAGAAAAUGUAAGGCAGCUCCCAUGCAAUCACAUGUUUCACAAUGAUUGUAUAGUACCGUGGCUUGAACAGCACGACACGUGUCCAGUUUGCAGGAAAAGUUUAAGUGGACAGAACACAGCGACAAAUCCGCCUGGGUUAUCGGGGAUGAAUUUCUCCUCCUCCUCCUCUUCAUCCUCCUCCUCUUCCUCCAGUUCUCCCGGCAACGAGAACACAACGAAUAACUCAUAAAGCCCCUUCCACACUCUCUCACUGAGCCACGAGAACGUGAAUGACACCAACCAACCACCCAACCAACCACCCAACCAACCAACCACCCAACCAGCCAGCCAACCAACCAACCAACCACCCAACCAGCCAGCCAACCAACCAACCAACCACCCAACCAACCAGCCAACCACCCAACCAGCCAGCCAACCAACCACCCACCCAAUCCACAAACCCAAUCCACCCACCCAAUCCACCUCAUUCAUGAGACUGUCGCAGGGGAAUGACGAGAAUAAAAAAAUGCUGAUCGCAAGAACCUUGCAACGUUUUUCAAUUCCAUGCAUAAGCAAGUAAGGUAUCCCUUUAUAGACCCAUCAAAUGACAAAUGCAGAACCUGCCUACAUCUGGACUAAACUGAAGGGACCUGCCUAAAAUGGAAAUGUGAUAACUGGCCCACAUGUAUAUGUAACACAAUUGUAGCCGUCAUUGGGCUAUUUGGUGUUUACUGGUUGAUUGGGGGGUGGGGGUGGGGAUAGGAAUAGACUUUUUUUUUUUUAAUUUUUCUGUAUUCUGUGCAGCCAAAGGAACAAAGAAACUGAACAAAUGUGUGGAUUUGAUUAAGAAUUUAGUGAAAAGAAAUGCACUGGGAUUAAAGUUUUCUCUUUUUUUAUAUGUACUCCAGUCGGGGAAGAUUUAUUAGGUCCAGGUAAAACCCCAAUCAAAAAAAAAAAAAAAAAAAGACAAAAACAGUGCAAAACAGUGUGCAUUCCAGCCCCCUUCCUGCAUCGGACACACUAACAAUGGACCACUUCUCAAGCGAUGAUAAAAAACAGCCAGGAUAAUCCAUGAGGUUUCCUGAGCCUCCUUCAACAGAAUAAACACAAUAUGUGUGUGUAUAUAAUUAUAUAUAUAUAUAUAUAUAUAUAUAUAUAUAUAUAUAUAUAUAUAUAUAUAUAUAUAUAUAUAUAUAUAUAUAUAUAUAAUAUCUCAAGUUAGGCAUCCCUGCAGCAGCCUGCAACAGUGGAGAGGAAAAAAGAGCGAGAAAGUCUCUUCUUUCUUAAACUGAACAAACAAGAGCCAACCAAGUUUACAUCCUCAUGCUUCAUUUUCUUAGGUAUUCAGUGAAUUUGAGUUCAACACUGAACUUUUUUUUAACUUAUUAUUAUAAUUACUAUUCUAAGUUAAAGGAUGUGUGUGUUUUUAAAAUCAUCAUUCUAAUAAUAAUAAUGAAAUAUAAUUAAUUAAUGAUUGAAUUACGCAUGGCUGUGGAGAAACCAGGGUAAUAUAAAUAGUAAUAUUGUGAUGUGAUGGGUGGUAUUUGAUCUACAAUAUGACACUGCAGCCAGACUCCGCUGGUGCUUGCCCUGCCUGAGCAUGUGAAUUGGAAAGCAUGGACUUGGUAGCAAGUAAUGGUGCAGAAAUGGGAGUUUUGAAUUUCGUUAAUUAAACAUGUUUUCUACAACAA